AGAGACGUGUGAUUUCUCUUUGUACUGAAUCAAGAGUUGAGACCUGCGCUGCUUCUGCUCACCUCUCUCUUUUUUUAUAUAAGCAGAGUUUGCAUGCUGUAAAUAGCCCAAUAAGCCGGUUACACUUUACGUUUCACGGUAACCGUCAGUCCCGUUUGUUUUUGUGGAAGCGAGCGACCACAGCCAAUGUCCCUUUAAGCGAUUUUUGGACAACAAAAGCAUCAGGUUCAACGUUGUUUCUUCGGGGGAUUCCAAGUCACACAUUCAUCAGUCGGGAUUUUUUCCAGUGCGGAAAAGCGAGCGGCCGCGCGUCCACAGACCGCUUCGACUCCUUGCUGUCGCUCCUUCCACACUUCCACAUAUCCGUGGGGGGCUUUUUAAAAUUUUUUAUAACCAAACCGAGCGAUCAUGGCUGCUGUAACAAGCCCGGAGACGAGCCCUCAACCCCGGGUAUAUUUCCAGACGCCGGGCGGCACCACGGAGGAACCGGAGAUCCCCGUUCGGAAGCAGGGACGCGUAACCGUCAAAUACGAUCGUAAGGAGCUGAGGAAGAGACUGAACCUGGAGGAGUGGAUUAUCAACCAACUAACGGACCUAUACGACUGUGAGGAAGAGGCCAUCCCAGAGCUGGAGAUAGAUGUGGAUGAGCUGCUGGAUAUGCCCAGUGACGUUGAGCGGGGAGCCAGGGUCAAGGACUUACUGGUUGAGUGUUUUAAACCUACUGAGGUCUUCGUCUCAGAGCUGCUCGACAAGAUCCGAGGGAUGCAGAAGCUCUCUACGCCUCAGAAGAAAUGAUGGCGUCCUUCCUCUUCCUCCCACAUCCUCCCCUCCCCCUCAGCCCUCACCUCUCGUCUUCCUACUGUGCUUUCCAUCUUUCCAUCUUGAUGUCAGUUUUCUUCCAUUGACUAUUUUCAUGAAAUACUUCAACUAAUCCUUGUUUCCUCUUUUUCGAUACACCCUCCGCUCUAAACCCCCGUUCCUGUUAUUCCCCUCCUUGCCUGUUUCCAGCCUCCAUAGUUCGCUUUUAACCUUCAGCGAAGAAGAAGAAGUAAAGAAUGCAUACUAGUAAGCAGGGGAAAACAAGUGAUUCAUUGGUCUUUAUCCAGGCACUCUCCUUCUGUCUCUUUUUCCACUCCUGCUCCUCCUUCGCCCUUUGUUUGGCUUCACUCCUCUUCCUCAUCCCGCCCUCGUACCACCCUCCAUCUGUCUGAGGAGGAAGAGAAGAGGAGCAGAGACGAGAUAAGUCCCAUAAUUACCGAGAGUUGGGCGGCCGCGAGGUGGGAAGAGGAACGAGAGUCUGCAACAGCCAAGAGAAGGGUGGAAGGGUGAACGGCGGAGUUGGAAACAGCCAAUCAGCUUGAAGCAGGGCCUAAUCAUUGCGUUUGUCUCGACCAAUGAGAUUCCUUAUUUCGUUAUUUGUGAGGGGGUUAUUAAACUUGUAAACGAUCCAGCUACCAACCACGGUUCCUUUUGAUACUUUCUAGUUCAGUUUGAGGGCACGGGGAUAUUCACUUGACUUUAGUUUUUCUGUAACUUUUUUUUGUUGGGGGCGGGUCAUUACAGUCGGAGACAUUUGCUACAGUGGUGCAUUUAAAGACUGUCCUUUUUUGUGUGUGUGUGUGUGUGUGUGUGUGUGUGUGUGUGUCAUUUUGGUAAGAAAAUCUGAUCCUCUGACCAUGAAGAAUAAUGUGUGCUACAUCUUUAGUCCAACAAAGAGGGAAAAUUUGAUCCCUGGAAUUAGCGGUUGAACCUUAAAAAAAAAAAAAAAUAGUAUGUUUUUCUUUCCUCAAAUGCGUAGUGCAGAGUCGUAAGAGUGGCUCUUUAGAAGCCUACGCUGUCCAGCCUGCACAGGCAGACGUCUGUGAGUUGCUAAAUGCUACGUGCGCGUGUUGCUACAUAAUGUACAGCAACAUUCAUAAUAGGAGUGUUUUUCCUGGCCUGUAUAUUCUGCUGUUCUGUUUCACAAUUUAGAUUUUUAGUGUAGGACUGGUUCCUGUUUUUUGUUUUUUUCUGGAUGCAUUUUGUCUCUCACACACACACACACACACACACACACACACACACUGACAGUCCAACAAGGGGACCUAGAACAAAGCUGCCUUUUUUUGUUUCAUAGCCCCUUUCUAUGUCCUUUUCACACUUAGAAAUCAUUCAGCCCACCGCAUAGUUUUGUUUGGCAGACGUCAUUUGAGAGCAGUCACACGUGGGAACUGAAAAUGUCUUUGGAGCUACGUGUUGGUGGCAAGACUGUAAUGUCCUCUGCCUGUCAGUAGACCCACCAAUGAGACGUCUGAAUGGGAGGGAUAGAGGCCACUGUUUUACAUUGAAGCUGUCUAAAAGCAUUCACCCUUCCUUUUUCUUCUUUCUUUCUUUCUUUCUUUCUUUCUCUCACUCACACACACACACACGCCACCCUUGGGGGCGGAGAAAACGGAAACGUAUUAGAAAACACAGCUGCCUCUCACGCAGAUGUGCGCACACACACACCAAGUGCUGAGAGAGAAAGGGGGUGAGAGAGAGACAGGUCCGUUGCUGUCACAAGAUCUGUGUUUCCCCGCCGCAGCUGCCAAUCAUCUCUGAGAAUAAGCCAUCUGUGUCUCAUCCUGAGCCAAUCAGAUGAGAGACUGAAGCCAGCCGGCCUAUUGGAGAAGCAAAAGCAUUUGCUGCGAGUCCUGUGACCAAUUGUGAACACCUGCGGUGACAGCAGACCUCCGCUGUCUGUCUCCUUCUCUGUCACUGCCAACACACACACACUGGCCCAUUUCUAUCUUGCUGCUCUGUCAUUACUCCCCGGCAUCCCCUCUUUCCUUCUCCUCCCACCCAUUUCCAUCCCUUUUGUCCACCCUUUCAGUUUACUUCCCUUUUUUUUUUUUUUUUUUUUUUUUUUAAAAACAGAUGUUGCCUUAGGUAUUAUUUAUGUUACACAAACCAAAUAAACGGGAGACAUUCAUUUUUAAAAAGGUUACGCAAACUGCUAAACACGCGCGUUACCGAGCGUGUGGAGAACCUUGGAUUUUCUGUCGCUCCUUUUCUUUCAUUUUUGAAAAACAAAAUGAGAUUCUGUUGUUUUUUUGUGGUUGUUUUUUUAGAAGUGAGUGUUUAAUACUUAGGCCUUGAUACAGUGAUUUUGAUUAGAUAAAACAAUGUUCUUUACAAUUACCAUUUGAAUACUGGUCUGUUUUUAUUGUGAUCAUGACACUUCUUGAUGCCCCGGCCUUGGAUUACCACGUAGUAGAACAAAAAAUCCAUUCAGAUACAUUUUGGUGCGAUUGCUUUUGCCUUCCUGGUGGGGUUUCCAAACCCAGCACCGUUGGCUUUUUUGGAGGCAUCAGAUUGUACCAGGCAAGCUCAAUCAGUAGAUGAAUUUGAGUGGAUUUUAAUUCCUAAAUCCAGGUUUGGAUUAUAUAUCUUCUUAGACUGUUAUUGAGAAGUCUGUUUUUUUUACUGUUGGGGAAAAUUGCAAAAAAUAUAUAUACUGAUUAUCAUAAUUGAGGCUAAAUACAAGAGCUAAACCAUGCAGAUUGAAGGAGCGGAGAUGUUUUUUGGACAAUGAUUCGAUUAAACCAACAAACAAAUGUAGCAAUAUCAACAACAGGUCUUGUUUUUGCCCAAUUUUGUUACACUUUUAUGCAACUUUAAUAAAAACAUGUAAAAUGGA